AUGGCGUAUUAUUGGUAUGAUCGGAGAUAUAGACCUCGGUUUGUGAUGGAGUGGCCUCGUUUGACGUCGAUGUAUUCCGGAAGUAGUAGUCGAUUGGAGGAACAUUCCCGAAACGGAAACGGAAAUGGAAAAUAUGCAGACCCUGUGUUAGCAUAUGACAAUGUGUUCGACCCCAUCGAUAGCUAUGGGGCUUAUAACUUUCACAUGGCGCCAAGGGAGGAACUUGUUAUUGGAACAGACCCCCGCUUGUGGCAACGUAAUGGACACAAGCCUGAUACCAACACUGGAAGUGAUUACACGGGAGAAAAAAGGCCAGAUACGUCAACAUGUCGGCUAGUCCUAUGUGUUUUGCUUGUGAUGAGUUUUAUUGGUGUCGUGGUAGCGUCAAUUGUGUUAGCCGUUAUAUUAUCACAGUCCCAGUCAAGUUCAGUAACUCCUUCACCACAAGCGACUUUGCAAGGUGUCCUCACUAUGGUAAAUAGAAAUUUUUCGACUGAUCUGAAUGACCCUUCAAGUGCAGCGUACAAGGCAGCGGCCAAAGACUUCUGUGAAGCAAUUGCAGACAUUCAGAAAGCUGAAUCAUCUCCAUUUCGUGACACUUAUCACUCCUGUAUCGUUCUUGGAUUUACACAAGGCAGCGUGGUUGUAUCAUACAAAAUCCUCUUUACCUCGGACCCAGACCCCGUCGAGGUGCAACAGCAGCUUACUCAGUCGAUAAACAGAAAUGGUCAAGUCGGGUUUGGAUCUGGACGAGUGGUCUUCACGAAUCCAACCCCUCUAACCAUCAUUGUGUUUAGUGGCACAACACUUUCAAACACGGCCCUUGAUACUACAGUCAGCACAUCAUCGGCUGUUGCUACGUCAACCUCAGCAUCGGUCUUGUCGUCUUCUACGGUUGCUUUUUCAACAUCAUCAUCGGAAGCAGAAGGUUUCACCUCAGCUAUGACGGAUUUAGCAUCAACACAAACAACUGUAGCUUCAACACUUAUUUCGUCAGCAGCCGUUGAACAUUCGACAUCAUCACCGGAAGUUGUGGUUACAUCAUCAAUGGAAGCCGUUACACCAAUAUUGUCAUCAUCAGCAGAAAUGUUAACGCCAUCCAUGUCAGAUUUAGGAUCAACACAAGCGACUGUAGCUUCAACACUUAUUUCGUCAGCAGCCGUUGAACAUUCGACAUCAUCACCGGAAGUUGCAAGUACAUCAUCACUUGAAGCUGUUACUCCAAUAUUGUCAUCAGCAGCAGAAAUGUUAACGCCAUCCAUGUCAGAUAUAGGAUCAACACAAAUAACCCUAGCUGCAACACUUAUUUCGUCAGCAGCCAUUGAACAUUCGACAGCAUCACCGGAAGUUGCAGAUACAUCUUCAAUAGAAGCUGUUACACCAAUAUUAUCAUCAGUGGAAGAGACAGCUUCAACACAAUCAUCUGGAGCUGCAGCAAUAACGGCGUCAACAUCGGUUGGUGAAUCGACGUCGACUGAAGCGAUUUCAACAUCAUAUGUGUCUAUUUCUCCUUCAGGAAUUGCCAGUAUUGAAUCUUCGUCUGAUUCCACAGAUAACUCUGUUACAAGAUCGCCUUUGUCCGUUAUGUCAUCGAUGAGAUCACAAGACGUGUCGCCGUCUCUAAUGUCUUAUUCGUCUGUUUCGCCUCGGAUAGAAUCACCAUCUUCCCUAGCUGAUCAUUCUUUGUCUUCGAUGCCAUCUUCAUCUAUUGCUUCAAUAGACGAAUUGUCAUCUGCAUCUUCCUUAUCUGAUCAUUCUUUUAAACCAGCCACAUUAUCUUCUUUUUCAUCGAUAGACUCGUCAUCUCUAUCAUCGUCUUUCGAUCUUUCUUCGACGUUUGCUUCAAUAUCUCCUUCCUCUGUUCUAUCAUCAAUUGAAACUUCAUCUAUAUCAACUUCUGCUGAUCUCUCUUCAACGUCUGUAUCAAUAUAUCCUUCAUUAGCUUCUUCAUCGACCGUAUUGCCGUCUGCAUCUUCCUCUUUUGCUCACUCUGUGCUAUCUGAAUCGUUUGUUUCGUCGUCUCCAUCUACAUCUACCACUGUUGCUAUUUCUUCUUCGUUACCAUCAAUAUCUUCUUCGUCACUAAUGGGAUCUUCACCUUUAUCUUCCUCUGUUGCCCUAACUUCAAUGUCUGCGUCAAUAUCUCCUUCUUCUGUCUUGUCCUCGAUCGAAUCGUCAUCUCAAUCAUUCUUUGAAGACGUUUCAUUUAUGUCUGCAUCACUGUCGUCUUCAGUGACUACAUCGAUGCUUUCAUCAUCUUCGUCCACCCUAGAUCUUACUUCUUUGUCUGCAUCAAUGUUUCCAUCAUCUGUUUCAUCAUUAAUAGAAUCUCCUUCUGUGUUUUCCACUGUUGAUCAUUCCUCUAUAUCUUCAUCAGUUUUAGCAUUGUCAGAAACUCAAUCUUUAUCUACCUCUGCUUAUCUCACUGCUAUGUCCACAUCAAUGUUUCCUGAAAUGUCGUCUCCCCAUGCAUCAUUACCUGUUGGACUUUCGUCAAUGUCGUCAUCCAUUUUCUCUUCGUCAGCUUCAUCUGUAAUGGACUACUCUUCAUUGCCGUCUCCUGUCGGUAGUUCGUCUAUGUCUAUAUCGAUAUCUCCUUCAUCGUCUUCAAUGGAAUCCAAAUCUUUGUCAUUAUAUGUUGAUGUCACUUCUAUGUCUGCACCUAUGCUUUCCUCGUCUAUGUUGGCAUUGACAGAAUCUCCAUAUUUGGUGUCUUCCAUCCAUCUUGCAUCUAUGCAAACGUCGAUGUAUUCUUCGUUUGCUUCAGCUGCAUCUUCCUCAAUCGAUAUUGCUUCUACAUCGGCAUCAAUAUCUCUUUCAUAUGUUUCGCCAAUGUUAGAAUCCUCUUCAUUGUCAUCGUCUGUUGGUCUUUCAUCUAUACCUGUGUCUAUCUCGCCGUCGUCUUUGUCGUCUAUCGAACAUUCCUCCGUUGAUAUUUCAUCUAUAUCUGCAUCGAUAUCCCCUUCAUCAGUGUUGUCAUUAUCAACUGAAUCUUCUUCCGCAUAUUCUUCUGUCGAUCUUACGUCUAUGUCUACAUCAAUGUCUUUUACACCGGUUUCGUCUAUGAUGGUAUCACAUUCCGCAUCUUUUGUUCUUGAUCUGUCGUCUCUGACGUCCUCACCUGUUUCAUCAAUAAUUGAAUCAUCAAACAUUUCCUCUGUUUAUCUUUCCUCUAUGUCUGUAUCAGUAUUUCCUUCAUCCGUUUCUUCUAUAAUGGAAACAUCAUCCGUGUCUCCAUCUACUGAUAUUUUGGCAAUGUCUGCAUCAAUAUCUCCCUCUUCUGUUUCUUUCACAAUGGGCUCAUCAUAUGUAUCUUCUGCUGACAUUUCGUCUUUAGCUGCAUCAGUAUCUUACUCAUCUGUGACGGAACCAUUUGCCUCAAUAACCCCCUCGUCUGUUUCAUCUCUAACGGGAUCCGUACCUUCUUUUGAUUCGUCGUCUAUAUUCGAAUCUUUGUCUUAUACAUCUAUUUCUUCUAUGAUGGAAGCGUCAUCUGCAUCUUCUUUUGAUUCUUCGUUUAUAUCUGCAUCUUUAUCGCCUUCAUUUGUUUCCUCUAUGAUGGAAGCAUCAUCCGUAUCUUCUUUUAAUUCUUCGCCUAUAUCUGCAUCUCUAUCUCCUUCAUCUGUUUCCUCUAUCAUGGAAGCGUCAUCGGCAUCUUCUUUUGAUUCUUCGUCUGUAUCUGCAUCUUUAUCUCCUUCAUCUAUUUCCUCUAUGAUGGAAGCACCAUCCGUAUCUUCUUUUGAUUCUUCGUCUAUAUCUGCAUCUAUAUCGCCUUCAUCUAUUUCCUCUAUGAUGGAAGCAUCAUCCGUAUCAUCUUUUGAUUCUUCGUCUAUGUCUGCAUCUAUAUCGCCUUCAUCUAUUUCCUCUAUGAUGGAAGCAUCAUCCGUAUCUUCUUUUGAUUCUUCGUCUAUAUCUGCAUCUAUAUCGGCUUCAUCUGUUUCCUCUAUGAUGGAAGCAUCAUCCGUAUCUUCUUUUGAUUCUUCGUCUAUAUCUGCAUCUAUAUCGCCUUCAUCUAUUUCCUCUAUGAUGGAAGCAUCAUCCGUAUCUUCUUUUGAUUCUUCGUCUAUAUCUGCAUCUAUAUCGCCUUCAUCUGUUUCCUCUAUUAUGGAAGCAUCAUCCGUAUCUUCUUUUGAUUCUUCGUCUAUAUCUGCAUCUAUAUCGCCUUCAUCUGUUUCCUCUAUGAUGGAAGCAUCAUCCGUAUCUUCUUUUGAUUCUUCGUUUAUAUCUGCAUCUAUAUCGCCUUCAUCUGUUUCCUCUAUGAUGGAAGCAUCAUCCGUAUCUUUUUUUGAUUCUUCGUCUAUAUCUGCAUCUAUAUCGCCUUCAUCUGUUUCCUCUAUGAUGGAAGCAUCAUCCAUAUCUUCUUUUAAUUCUUCGUUUAUAUCUGCAUCUUUACUUCCUUCAUCCGUUUUCUCUAUGAUGGAAGCGUCAUCCGCAUCUUCUUUUGAUUCUUCGUCUAUAUUGUCAUUGAUAUUACCUUCAUCAGAUUCUUCAACGGUAGAAUCACUAACUUUAUCAUCAUCUGUUGUCCUUUCUUCUAUGUCAUCGUCGAUAUCUCCUUGA